AUGUCCAAGGAACUCAUCUCCAUGUGUUCCUCGAGAUCCGUGGCCGUACGUUUGCUAUUUCUGGCAUUGACACUCGUCGGAGUCGGAGUUGAAGGGACAAUCGGGGUCAACUAUGGCACUCUCGCAAACAACCUUCCCCCACCACCUAGAGUAGCAAAGUUCCUUAAGGAGUCCACGGUUAUAAACCACGUUAGGCUCUUCGACGCGAAUCCUGAAUUUCUACGAGCCUUUGCCCACACCGGCAUCGCGGUCACGGUAACCGUUCCAAAUGACCAAAUCCCUGGCCUUACCAGGCCAAAUAUUGCUCAACAAUGGGUGGAAGACUAUAUCCGACCUCACAUACCAGCUACCAAUAUAGUCCGAGUUUUAGUAGGCAACGAAGUUAUAUCAACAGCAGACAGGUUGUUAAUUGUCAGUCUUGUUCCAGCCAUGCAAACCCUCCAAACAGCCCUUGUUGCAGCUUUAGACGGUCGAAUCCAGGUCUCAACGCCUCACUCUUUAGGCAUUCUCUCGAAUUCAACCCCACCAUCCACCGGAAAAUUUCGACAAGGCUACGACACGCAUGUUCUCAAGCCAUUGCUUAGCUUCCUUAGAGACACCAAUUCACCCUUCAUGGUGAACCCCUAUCCAUUUUUUGACUGCUCACCGGAUACCCUUGAUUACGCCCUGUUCCUGCCCAAUGCCGGAGUGUUCGAUGAAAACACAGAGUUGUUUUACACAAAUAUGUUGGAUGCUCAACUAGAUGCGGUCUAUUCGGCCAUGAAACUCCUCGGAUUUGAUGAUCUUGAGAUUGUCAUUGCUGAAACUGGUUGGCCAUCAAUGGGGGAUCCAGUCCAAGUCGGUGUUGAUGCAGAGACUGCAGCUGAAUACAAUGGCAAUCUUAUACGGCAUGUUACAUCCGGUGUAGGCACACCCCUUAUGCCGAACCGAACUUUCGAGACCUACAUAUUUGCGCUUUUCGAUGAAGAUCUUAAGCCAGGGCCAACAUGUGAGAGGUAUUUCGGGCUCUUCCGACCAGAUUUAACACCGGCUUAUGAUAUCGGGAUCCUAAGGCCAAUGGUAGCUGCUGCUGCUGCAAAUAUUCAGCAUGCUACAUGUCUGUUAGUAAUUACAGUCAGCCUUCUAAUAAUUAAUAAUCAUGGUGAAAAUUUGUUCCUUUGAAUUGCUAGAUUACAAUGGUC